CCAAAAUUUGGCUAAGGAAGGUGGUGUCGAGAUAAGUAUUAUUUUUAGGUGGUCAAGUUGAGUUCAACAACUUAGUGCAUAAUUCUUAUACACUAAGUUGUGGGGGGCAUUUGUUUACCACUAAAAAAAUCACUCAAUACCACAUUGAUUAUUUUCAAGGAGUGGUGGUGAUUUAUAAGGCCAACUUAACCAUGUUAAUUAAAUUGGUUUAGGUUGGGCCUAAAUAAUGGUAUUUUGGGUUCAUACCAGGUACCUCAACACCAUCACUUGACCCAUCAAACACUCACCCAUCACGCAAGGGGGGUCAAGUAUCAAGCGUGUUGACACCCUUCAACAUCAACCACCCAAGUCGUGGAGACACAACCACCAAGGGGGUCAUCGUGAGUACCCUUUCGCCGUGUGGUGGCAACCAUGUGGUGGCAAAGAGAGCCAAAAUAUUGGCUAAGUGUUGAGACCCACAACACAAGGGGGUCAAGCAUGCCAUCGCAAAGGGGGUCCACCGCAAAGGGGGUCAUGCAUGCCACCGCAAGGGGGGUCAUGCAUGACAUCGUCCAAGUGGGUCAAGCACAAGGGGGGUCACCGCUAGUACCCCUAGCUGUGGUGGCAAAGAGAGCCAAAAUUUGGCUAAGUGUUGAGAUCCACAGCACAAGGGGGGUCAUGCAUGACACCGUCCAAGGGGGUCAAGCACAAAGGGGGUCAUGCAUGAUCUCGUCCAAGGGGGGUCUCGUCUAAGGGUGUCAAACAUGAUGCCGAGGUGAAAAUUGGCUAAGUAUGGAGAUCCAACCACAAGGGUGUCAAGCAUGACACCGUCCGAUGGGUACCAAACGACCAGGUACCAAGCCGGGUACCAAAUAGGAGACCAUCCGUGCUGAGACAAAAUCGGCUGAGUAUGGGGCAAGAGGGUACCAUGCCGGCAAGGAGGGUUUGGUAUCAAGACAUUGAAUUUGGGUAAGUAUAGAGCCAAAGGGGUAUCAAGCCGAAAGGCAUGCUUGAUACUAAAAUACAUGAAAAUUGGUUAAGUAUGGAAUCACAUGGCCAUAGCAAGAGGGUACCAAGCCGGCAAGGCAUGGCUUGGUACCAAGACAUGAAAAGCAUGAAUUUGACUAAGUAUGAAGCCAACGCGGUCGGCAAGACAGGCUUGGCAGGCAAGCAAAGCGACAGGGUAUCAUACCCCUUGGUAUCAUGACCCCAAGGGGGGUAUCAAGCCGGUAAGACUGACUUGGUGGCCAGGCAACAGGGGGGCAAGACGGACUUGAUAGCCAGACAUCAGGGUAUCAAGCCAACAAGACAAGAAAUUCGACUAAGGCAUGGUGGCUAGCUGAGGUGGCCACCCGAUUAGGUACCAAACAGCCAUGUAUGGCCCUUAUGGGGCCAUAUGGAGACAAAGUCCCAAGACUUGGUACUAAGCCGACAGGGUGUAAUUUACCAACUUGAUGAGACUACAAAAACUAAGUAUGGAUACCAAGCCACCAGGGCUGGCUUGGUAGCAAGGGGUGUCAAGUUGAUUACAUGGGCUUGGUGGCAUGCCAGAAGGUAUCAAGCCGAUGAGACGGCUUGGUAACAACCAACAAGUUAAUGAGAAGGAUUUGAUGUCAUGAGGUGGUAGCGGACUCAGAAGCGGGGAGUUAUCAAGCAGUCGAGGGUGAGAUCAAGACCUCAUCAUGGUUCAUGGAGGCUAAGGCAAGAGCCUCAACCCCAUCCAGUCAUGACAAGACGACAAGGAUCAACAACAACCCGACCCGGCAUCGAGGCCAUCAAGUACCCACCAGCCCAAGACGGGACAAGGGCCCCCAGGGUGGCGGUUACCAAUUAGUCACCAAGGCGGCAACAAGUACUCCGAGGCGGUUUGGAGCAGCAAGCCAACUAGCGGUUACAAAGGCAGUUACCAAGGCAGUUACACUCGAUGACUAUAAAUAGGAGAAACUAAAAUUGUAAAAGGGUUCCACAACCAAUCAUUUGACACACUAUGUCAAAAUUUAUCUUUUUCUCUGCAACUUGCCUUUUAGUUUUUCGGAGCUCUCACUGAACCUCCAUAGGAGUAGAGUAACGUAGCUUGUUCCCAAAAAAACCAUCAAAACAUCAAACACCCUCGUUUGAACAUUGUUCGGAGAGGAGUGAACCGUGUAAUUAUCGUUGUUCGAGAAGUCAAGGUGCAUUCAUUGUGUUCAAACACCAGUUUUUUCUCGCCGGAAAACAGCUUCACAACGCUGCGACGUGAAAAUAAAACAGCUGCGUUUUGGUCAAGCUGCCAACAACAAUGUUUGUUCUAAAAUAGUGUUGCGCGUACUGUCAUGGUGAUGUUGAGGACGGUGUCGUUUCUGCUAGGCCAAGGUUCGUCGCUGUGAGCUUGGGUUUUGUGUUUACUGGUUGGUGGCGAGAUAUGAUUGGAGAAGACCAAGGGUAUUUAUUUUUAGUGGGCGAGUAUACCUGCUGUUUUGGAAAAAGGAUUGGUCUUUAAUUUGAUCCUCGUUGGAAGAAAAAAAGCAUUCAGAAAUGGUAGUGGAAAUUGCAUCGCUGCCGUUAUCUAAAUGGCACGGUCUUGUUGUGGGUCUAAAUACAAGCAGAGUUGCAGCUUGCAAUCUUAUUUGGUGCAUAAGAACAGGAAAAGGAAGUAAAGACGUUUGGUUGCAAAACAUUGCAAGGAAGCUGUAACUAAAGAUAAGUCUCGGUUGUGUUUUCUAAAGCUCGUUGAAGUUUUGCUUGGGGUUUAAUAAUUGACAAUGAGAACGCCAACAUGUCCAGAUAGUUUUUUGCAUGCGUGUUGGUGAGAUUGGCCAAAGGUGGCCAUAAAAUUUCUCGCCAACUUGAUCAUUGAGGCAAGUUAAUUAUCAUUUUAGGUGAAUUAAGUUGUGUCAACAACUUAGUUCAUAAGAAGUACUUCUUAUAAAUUAAGUUGUGGGACAUUGUUUACACCUAAAAUAUUUUUGGCCUAAAUUCAUUGUCGUAAUAAUGAGUCCCGACAUUUAAUUCGAUAUCGCAUGGCCAAAACGAUACCGUUUGGAGUGGAGCAAUACCGCGGAGAAUUUAAGCGAGAUCGCGAAGAGGCUCGGCGGUACCGCGGUACUUGAAACGACAUUGGUUGCAGACCAUGUGUGAGUCAUGCGCAGGACAUGUGUUGCUGUUUGACAAGGAAUGUUUUUUAUUUUAUUUUUUCCUUGUCGGAGGAGGAGAGUAACAACACCGUUUGGGGUCAAGCAAUGCCGCGAACCUCAAAGCUCGACGGCAUCGCGAGACUGGGAAACGGUGUCGUUUGGCUAAAAACGGCACCGCGAAUAAACCCAACGACACCGCUGAUCAGAAAAAACGGUACCGCAAGGAAGCUCACCGGUACCGCGGCACUGGAAACAACACUGUUUACCAGAAAACAGGAUGGGGGCCGCGCACGUAGUAUUGGUGUUGGAAAAGGAGUUAUUAUUAUUAUUAUUAUUAUUAUUAUUAUUAUUAUUAUUAUUAUUCCUUGUAGGAAGGGGAGAAGCGGUACCGCAUGGAGACAAGCGGCAUCGCGGAAAAUAAAAACGGUACCUCAGAUUUAAAAACGAUGCCGCGAGAGCCUUGAUAAGUGGUACCGAUUAAAUAAAAAAAAACCAUAUUGGGUAAGUGACCAAAAUUCGCCCAGCUCAAUGCGAGUGCAGACUCGCGACGGUUCCAUGAAUUGAUAUUUUUUGGUUAGGUUAGCGGUGUCGUUUAAUUAAAAACAAUACCGCGAGCAAGCCCAACGGUACCGCUAUACUAGCAAACGACAGUGUUUAAUAAAAAAACAAUGUCGCA